GCGGCGGCGGCGGCGCGGGGCGGUCGGCGGCGGCGCAAGCGGCCGGCGGAGCGGGGCAAACCACCCUACAGCUACAUCGCCCUCAUCGCCAUGGCCAUCGGGCAGGCGCCGGAGCGGCGGCUGACGCUGGGCGGCAUCUACCGCUUCAUCACGGAGCGCUUCCCCUUCUACCGCGACAGCCCGCGCAAGUGGCAGAACAGCAUCCGCCACAACCUCACCCUCAACGACUGCUUCGUCAAGGUGCCGCGGGAGCCGGGCCGCCCUGGCAAGGGCAACUACUGGACCCUGGACCCCCACGCCCGCGACAUGUUCGACAGCGGCAGCUUCCUCCGCCGCAGGAAGCGCUUCAAGCGCAGCGACCUCUCCACCUACCCGGCCUUCCUCGCCGCCCGCCCCGCCGCCGCCGCCGCCGCCGCCGCCUCCUGCCGCCUCUUCCCCCCGCCGCCCGCCGCCGACCUGCCCCCGCCGCCCGCCGCCUCCUGCGCCUUCGCCGCCGCCGCCUACCCGGGGCAGGGCUGCGCCGCUGCCGGGCUGCCCCACGCCUACGCGGGGCUGUCGGCGGGCGGCUACGCGGCCGGCGGCGCCGGGCAGCUCUACGCGGGCCCCGGGCGCUUGGUGCUGCCCGCGCCGCCGCCCGUCCCCGCGGGGCUCCUCGGCCGCCGCUCGCCCGCGCCCUACGCGGCGCUGCCGCCCGCCUACGGCGCCGCCGAGACCGGCCCGCGGCACGGCGCCUACCCCGGCGGCCCCGACAGCUUCGCCCCGGCCCUCUGA